AUGACUACAGAGGAGCUCAUACUACCUCAGAUGCAGAUCAUAGCUCUGUUUUGCGCCCUCGCUCGUAAAUGUGGUGCAGGGUGGGAGGAGUCAGCUUCACGCAGCUUGGCAGCGAAAGAAUACAUACUGCAGGUCACUCGGUCAGCCCAUGAAACAUCGGACAGCCAUCAUCGGAGCCAGGGACCCCUGGAAUACUGGGACAGCGAUGCAUUGCAUCGGGAUUGUGAGCUGAGACCGCCCUCAACCCAGUCCAUGACACGAAUCUCGGCGCAGAAAAGUUCCGUCACCGUGUUCCGCUCGAGUUUUGCGUUAACCUGGGUAGCACCCAGAGGCCCUCAGCAGUGUCUACGUCGCGCAAGACUACGGUAUAUAAGCGGCAACGACCUGCCGAUGGAAUCGUCUAUGCUGGGAGGCUGGACAUGUCUACAUCCACACGAGCCUGGCUUCGUUUCAUGA